AUGAUUGCUGAUUGUAGACAUUUUCGUUCGAACGCAGCAGGGACAGGACGGUCCUCGUGCAAGAGUCUAUCGCCGUGGAUCUUUGUCCCACCGUGA